AUGCGCCAAUCCGUCUCGUCCCGGAGCCUCCGAGCUCUUGCGCUCCUGCUGCUAAGCUCACAAUCGGCCCUUGCAUCCUCGCUAUCAUCGCCGCGCCUGCUCCGGCGCGACGAGGAUUAUGCCGACGAGGUGUGCAAGCCCUCCACAAGCGCCGACGAGCCAGUCCCGCCAUGCGUGUCCAUCGAGAACAUCGAGGCGCUGUGUACCCCCAACGGCACUGAACCGUUGUACAUCGCUGCGCAUGCGCAAUGUAUGUGCGGAGGGAGCUACUUUGCCGAAUGGAAUGCGUGUCAGGACUGUCUGGAGUUGCACGGACAGCGCUCCGGACGGGACGAGGCUUUCUUCCUCUCUGUCGCCAGCAGCGCCAGCCAAGAGCUCUGCGGCUUCCUGACGUCGAGCGGCGCGGCGACGCCCACGGCCCCCUUCGCCAGCCUCUUCUCCGAGAUCGCCAAUACGCUGACCCAGCCGACCACGGGCGCGACCGUGAGCUCCGAUCGCGCGGUCAGCAAGACGGCCGUGAGCCUCUACUACACCGCCAGCGGAUCGCAGGGGCCGGGCAAGAUCACCGGCAGCGAAACGGCUGCCACGGCGACGGGCGGGCUUGUGACAGAGAGUCAGAGCGUUACGACGACGGCGACGGGUGGGUCAGCAACCGGAACGGCCAGCGAUGUUGGCUCGACGGCGUCCUCUGCUUCAGCCAACUCGGCAUCAUCCACGACGACAGCUGCUGGUAAUGGUGCGGCUCCGACGGGCGUAGGUAGCAACCUGCUCGCUGGAGUGGUCGGUCUUGCCAUUGCUGGGGCGAUGUACUGA